CACACACUCUUUUGCUCUUCUUUCUCCGUUUAUAGUUUAUAUAGAGCAGCCUAAAGGACCCUUAAAGAGACUUAGAGAGAGAGAAGCAUUGAUCUCUGAAUAUUGUGAACAUGUUGAAAUCAAGAAACAAGAGCAAAAGCAAACAAGAGAAGAAGUCACAAGAAGGGAAGUACCUUGGAGUGAGGAGACGUCCAUGGGGAAGGUAUGCAGCUGAAAUCAGAAACCCAAAUACAAAAGAAAGACAUUGGCUUGGAACAUUUGAUACAGCCGAAGAAGCUGCUUCGGCAUAUGAUGUUGCUGCUCGAUCCAUCAGUGGCUCUUUAGCUAAAACCAACUUCUUCUACACUGAAAACAUCUCUUCACAAACACAACCACAGCAGUUGUCACAGUCAUCGUCAGACAAAGGUUCUGUUAAUCCCACCAUUGUGUCUUUGGGACCUGAUAUGAGUUUACAAUCUUCUAAUCUCAGUUUUCUUCAAGAUCAGCCACCAGAAAACCACCGUCCUAUGAAGAUUGGUUCGGUUCUCAGCAAUGAUUCACAUUGCUUUGAGUAUGACUACACCGCAACUUAUGUUCAGAGUUUUCUCAAAGAUGUCAAUGAAGAUCCUAAUCAGAUGUUUGGACCCUCUUCUCCUUCUUUUAUCUGA